AUGAAAAUCAAAGCUCUUUCUCGCUCUACGGAGUCGCAGCAGGCCCCCGGGUCUGGCGUCGUCCGCCAGUCGCGCAAUCUCGACCCAUCUCAACAUCCAUUCGAGCGUGCUCGCGAGUACACUCGUGCUCUGAAUGCGAUUAAGAUGCAGCGCAUGUUUGCCGCGCCGUUCUUGUGUCAAAUGGGUGAUGGUCAUGUGGAUGGAGUGUACAGCAUGGCGAAGGAUCCUGGCUCGCUGGAGCGAUUUGCCAGUGGCAGUGGUGACGGCAUGGUGAAGGUGUGGGAUUUGACUACUCGCGGAGAAGUUUGGGAGACCCAGGCGCACGAGAACAUGGUGAAGGGUGUCUGUUGGACCCCGGACAGGAAGCUUCUAUCUUGCGCAAGCGAUAAGACGAUCAAACUAUGGGACCCGUACAAUUCUUCACCGGAUGCACCUCCCAUGACCAGCUAUCUGGGCACUGGUGCCUUUAACAGUGUCUCGCACCACCGAAGCGAUCCAGCCUUUGCCGCUGCCUCAAACAUGAUCUCCAUCUACGACCUUUCUCGGCCCUCGUCCUCGCCAUCGCAGACUAUGCACUGGCCUACUAGCGUUGAUACAAUUACCUCGCUUGCAUUCAACCAAACCGAAACUUCGAUUCUUGGAUCUACUGCCCUUGACCGUUCAGUCAUCCUGUACGAUUUGCGGACAUCUUCGCCAGUGCAAAAGAUGGUCCUCAAGCUGGCCUCGAACGCCAUUGCUUGGAACCCAAUGGAGGCUUUCAACUUUGCUGUGGCCAAUGAGGACCAUAAUGCUUAUAUCUUCGAUAUGAGAAAGACCGACCGCGCUCUGAACGUCCUGAAAGAUCAUGUGGCUGCUGUCAUGGAUAUCGAGUUUAGCCCGACAGGUGAAGAAUUGGUUACUGCAUCUUACGACAAGACCAUCCGUCUCUGGGACAGAGCACGGGGACAUUCUCGUGACAUUUAUCACACUGGGCGGAUGCAACGUGUUUUCUCGGCCAAAUUUACACCGGAUAGUAAAUAUGUGCUGUCUGGAUCCGACGAUGGUAACGUUCGUCUCUGGCGUGCCAAGGCCUCUGACCGCAGCGGGAUCAAGAGUGCUCGUCAACGUACCAAGCUCGAGUACGACCAGGCCCUCAUCAAGCGAUACUCCCACAUGCCCGAAAUCCGUCGCAUCAAGCGGCAACGUCACUUGCCCAAGCCUAUUAAGAAGGCUGGUGAGAUCAAGCGUGAGGAGCUUAGUGCUAUUAAGAGACGCGAGGAAAACGUGCGCAAGCACACCAGCAAGGCCAAUCUGAAGUCGAGGACGAACGAGCGCGAGAAGAUGAUUCUUGCUCGCGAGCAAUAA